AUGAACGGAGUAGCCCAAGUGGUGGAAGGCCUUGAAACCGUCCAUCUGGUUUCUCAUCUCAUCUGGUCUCUCACACAUCUGCCCCCUGAAGCUCAGGCCUACGCCCCCCAAAACUGGUUGCUCUCUCUGUUUCAUACAUCAGGCGGCGAACAGAGACCAUAUAUACCGUUGGAAACCCCCACGACCGGUUGCUCGGUUGUCCGACGCAGCAACCGCCUCGAGGGACCGGCGACUUCAUCCCGUCAUUCGAUAUCGCAGCGCGAGAACGUAGACACGAUGUCUGCCUGGGACACGAUCGAGCAAUCCCACCCGGGCACCCAGCUCAGGGACACGCCUUACGAGAUGAAGUACUAUGAAGACAUCUCUCUCGACGAGAAGAGAGGAAUCCAGCCCCGGCCGGAUGCGCCAACCGACGAGGAGCUGCAGACCCUCAGACGGGUGUCUGAUCACAUCCCUUUCAAGCUCUUCACCAUCGCCUUCGUCGAGCUGUGCGAGCGCUUCUCCUACUACGGCUCCGUCAUUGUUCAGCCGCUGCCCCCCGGCUCAACAACCGGCGCGGCCCCGAAUGGCCAGCCCGGCGCCUUGGGGAUGGGCCAGCAGGCGUCCACGGGCAUCACGACCUUCAACCAGUUCUGGCAGUACUUCAUGCCCCUGUUCGGCGCCUGGGUCGCAGACAAAUACUGGGGACGCUACAAGACCAUCUGCAUCUCCAUUGCCAUCGACCUGGUCGGCCACUUCAUCCUAAUCGCGGCCGCUGUGCCGCCCGUCAUCACGAAGCCUGCAGGCAACUCGCUCGCCGCCCUGCUCGUCGGUAUGAUCACCAUUGGCUUCGCCACCGGCGGCUUUAAGCCCAACAUCAGCCCGCUCAUCACGGAGCAGCUCGACAUUGAACACCUGAGCGUUCGCACGCUGCCGUCAGGGGAGAAAGUCAUCGUUGACCCGGCGAUCACGAUCAACAGGGUGUACAACUGGUUCUACCUGUUCAUCAACGUCGGCGCGCUCGUCGGCCAGAUCUCGAUGGUGUACGCCGAGAAGUAUGUGGGCUUCUGGCUUAGCUUCACGCUGCCGACCUGCAUGCUGGCGCUUUGCCCGUUGGUCAUGUGGUGGGGGAAGGGCAGGUACCGCGCGGCACCCCCCGCGGGCUCGGUCUUGGGUCCCGCAAUCAGGACUUUUCUCUACGCGCAGAAGGGCAGGUGGUCGAUCAACCCUGUCAGGACGUGGAAGAACAUGCAUGACGGGACCUUUUGGGAAUCGGUGAAGCCAUCCCACUACUCGGACGCGACGCGGCCGAAGUGGAUGACCUUUGAUGACGCCUGGGUCGACGAGCUCCCUUUCUCCUGUCAUUUCCCUUGCCUGCACGUCGCUGACAAGCCCCCGGUGAACAACAACCUCGUCUCGCAGGCGGCGACGAUGAAGCUCAACGGCCUCCCCAACGACAUCCUGUCCAACCUGGACCCGAUCGCGCUGAUCCUCUUCAUCCCGCUCUGCGACCUGGUCCUCUACCCGACGCUUCGCAAGCUCAAGAUCCGCUUCACGCCCAUCAAGAAGAUCGCCUUCGGCUUCUUCACGGGUUCCGCCGCCAUGGUCUGGGCGUGCGUGCUGCAGUACUACAUCUACCAGCGGUCGGCGUGCGGCAGCUUUGCCUCGGGGACGCUGCCUAACGGCGAACCGUGCCCGCCGGUCGACAUCCUCGUGUGGGCGCAGACGGGCGCCUACGUCCUCAUCGCGCUGUCCGAGAUCUUUGCGAGCAUCACGAGCCUCGAGUACGCCUUCAGCAAGGCGCCGAGGAACAUGCGGUCCAUGGUGCAGGCCGUCGCGCUCUUCAUGUCAGCCAUCUCGGCGGCGCUGGGCCAGGCCUUCACGCCCCUGAGCACCGAUCCGUACCUGGUUUGGAACUACGGCAUCGUCGCCGUCCUGGCCGCCGUGGCGGGCGUAAUCUUCUGGAUCCAGUUCAGGGACUUGGACAGGGAGGAGGACGCGAUGAACGAGCUGCCUGAGGGCCGCGUCGGGAAGGACGUCGUCGACGAAAUGUCGCGUUUAGGUGUCCAUGGUAAGGGGUGA